AUGGACUCGCUCAAGAAAGGCAACGAGGAGCCGGAGAGACCAAAGAAACCAGGAGAUCUUCAUGUAGAAGAGUUCAGACAGACAGACAGACAGAAACCAGGAGAGCUGCUUCAGGCAGAAGCAGGGGAAGCAGAAGCCUGGCCGCGGUACCGGGUCGUGGGCUCCGCGGACGCCGGGCAGUACAACCUGGAGAUCACAGACGCCGAGCUCUCUGACGAUGCCUCUUACGAAUGCCAGGCCACGGAGGCCGCGCUGCGCUCCCGGCGGGCGAAGCUCACCGUGCUCAUCCCCCCUGAGGACACCAAGAUCGAUGGAGGCCCCGUACUGCUGCUGCAAGCAGGCAUCCCCUACAACCUCACAUGCCGAGCCUUUAACGCCAAGCCUGCGGCGACCAUCAUCUGGUUCCGGGAUGGGACGCAGCAGGAGGGCGCUGUGGCCAGCACGGAGCUGCUGAAGGACGGGAAGAGGGAGACCACCGUCAGCCUGCUGCUCAUCAACCCCACAGACCUGGACAUCGGGCGCGUCUUCACCUGCCGCAGCAUGAACGAGGCCGCCCCCAGUGGCAGGGAGACCUCCAUUGAGCUUGAUGUGCACCACCCUCCCACCGUGACCCUGUCCAUCGAGCCACAGACGGUACAGGAGGGCGAGCGUGUUGUCUUUACGUGCCAGGCCACAGCCAACCCUGAGAUCCUGGGCUACAGAUGGGCCAAGGGCGGCUUCUCCAUUGAGGAUGCCCAUGAGAGUCACUAUGAGACAAAUGUUGACUAUUCCUUCUUCACGGAGCCUGUGUCCUGUGAGGUUUACAACAAAGUGGGCAGCACCAAUGUCAGCACGUUGGUGAAUGUCCACUUCGCCCCCCGGAUUGUGGUUGACCCUAAACCUACGACUACAGACAUUGGCUCUGAUGUGACGCUCACCUGUGUCUGGGUUGGGAAUCCCCCCCUCACCCUCACCUGGACCAAAAAGGACUCCAACAUGGUGCUGAGUAACAGCAACCAGCUGCUGCUGAAGUCGGUGACCCAGGCGGACGCCGGCACCUACACCUGCCGGGCCAUCGUGCCCCGCAUCGGAGUGGCCGAGCGGGAGGUGCCGCUCUACGUGAACGGGCCCCCCAUUAUCUCCAGCGAGGCGGUGCAGUACGCUGUCAGGGGAGACGGCGGCAAGGUGGAGUGUUUCAUCGGGAGCACACCUCCCCCAGACCGCAUUGCGUGGGCCUGGAAGGAGAACUUCCUGGAGGUGGGGACCCUGGAACGCUACACGGUGGAGAGGACCAACUCCGGCAGCGGGGUGCUGUCCACACUCACCAUCAACAACGUCAUGGAGGCCGACUUCCAGACCCACUACAACUGCACUGCCUGGAACAGCUUCGGGCCGGGCACCGCCAUCAUCCAGCUGGAGGAGCGAGAGGUGCUGCCUGUGGGCAUCAUCGCCGGAGCCACCAUCGGUGCGGGCAUCCUGCUCACCUUCUCCUUCGUGGCCUUGGUGUUCUUCCUCUACCGGCGUCGCAAAGGCAGUCGCAAGGACGUGACCCUAAGGAAACUGGACAUCAAGGUGGAGACAGUGAACCGUGAGCCUCUCACCAUGCACUCUGACCGCGAGGACGACACUGCCAGCGUCUCCACAGCCACCCGCGUCAUGAAAGCCAUCUACUCAGUAAGGGGCCUGCCCUGCCCUGGCCCACUCCCCUCGUCACACUCCUGGGACUGCCCCCACCCCCACCCCUUAGUUCUCUAA